GGAAGUUAAAAAAUUACUUGCGCACCGCCGGUGGCGCCGAAUACAUUUUCGGCCUUUUUACGAGAAUUUCUCUAUGAUUUUAUCUUUGUCAUUGGAAAAGAAAUCAAAGAUAAGAUGGAUAUUUCCAGAGAUGAGUCAUUUGCUGCACAGAGGCAUGGCAGGAGGAGUCUGCAGACGUUAGAGGCAAUGCUGGAUGCAGGUUCCCCCGCAGUCCGAGACCAACAAAUCAGUAAAACUUUCAAGAGAAGAAGUACUGCACUAAAUGUACAGAAAUCAAUACAGCUGUUAGAUGAGAGUGUGGGAUCUCCAUCAGCAAAAGGUUGGAGAACACCCGGAGGGACGCUCAGACAUAGUACAUACACACCAAGACUGCUGUCUUCUGGAACAAAGUUUGAUGUUUCAACAAGACUUGGGCCGACUCCAAAAAAGACACCUCAAGGAAAUAGAUCACUUCAGAGGUCACUUCAUGAUGACAGUCUUCAAUCAUCAUUUCACAACACAUCAGGUCUCAGACCCUUGCAAGAGGAAGAUGUUACAGAAGAUAUAACAACGACAAAUGUUGGUCUACUUUUGGAAGAAGAUCCUGGAAUCUCUGCAUCAAAGGGUUUGUUUGAAGAUUUCCUGCAGUGCCUCAAGGCUCAUCCCUCGGAGGGGGAACUAUUUGUCCUGGUGGAGGAAUACGAAAAGACAUGUCAAGAACAAGUUAUCAUGUUGAAAAAACUCAUCACACAUGCUUCAAGACAAGAAGAAAAAUUUCGAAAAACAUUUCAAGUGUUACAUGAAUUGUUUGAGGAAGAGGCCACCUGGAAAUUAAUCAAGAGUUUGUUUAGGGAUAGACAGGACACGAGUAUGAAGGAAGACUUCAUGAUGGAGCAGGGAGACGAGGAUGAACAACAAGUAAUACAGGGGAUAUACCAGAGUGAUGAGAAGAUAGUCAAUGCUCUGUUUGAUAGGGAACAGUCAGUGAGAGAAGCACAGUUAGUUGUGGACUGGUUAGAGAGUUGUGCCCAGGAUGACUGUGAAAACUUUGCAGAAAACAUCAAAUUCUUCUCAGACAGAGCUGUGGGAUAUGAGAAUGCACGUCAUAGAUUACAGAAUCAGCAGAUGGGAGUACCAACAGGUGCUGAAAGAAAUCUUAUCACAGAGCUUGAUCCAGAUGCACCAGUCAGACAAAACAAGCUUCUAGAUGACUUGGACAAAGAAGAUGAAGAUAGAUUAUUGCAGUAUAUCUUUGUGUGUUUACGUGCUGGACAACUUGAAAAGGCUCAGAAAAUGUGUCUAGACUGUGGUCAGGCAUGGAGGGCAGCCACACUGGAAGGUUGGAAGUUAUUCCAUGACCCUAAUUUUGAAGGUUUGGGCCCAGAAUGUCAGAGAAAAGCCAUUCAGGGGAAUCCACACAGAGAUAUCUGGAAAACUGUGUGCUGGAAUAUGGCACAAGAUGCAAGGGUUAGUACAUAUGAAAAGGCCAUCUAUUCAGCAUUAUGUGGCAAUCUGCGUGGAAUUCUACCUGUGUGUAAGUCGUGGCUGGACUAUGUGUGGGCGUAUUUCCGAGUUCUGGUCGACAGGAAGGUAGAGGAUGAGAUAAGGUUGAAAACAACAAUCAACAGAUCUUUAGAAGCACUUCCUGGAGAAUACUGGGAGAAAAAUUUGACAACAAGAUCUGUAUUCAAGGAGAUAGAAGCAAAUGAUGUAAUGCAGAAGGAAGCUGGUGGUCUGUACCAUCUUAUACAGAAAUAUGUCAUACUUGGUGAUGUUUCAGGUUUAUUAGAUUUACUGUAUGAACGAGUUAGACAACAGGGACAAGAUAUCUCACUACACACACUCCGGUUCAUGGCUCAUUUUGUACUCUUUCUCAGAACCUCCGAACAAAACACAAAGGAGGAGUUGUGCAAUUCUAUACUGAAGUGUUAUGUUGAGAGACUGAUCAGAGAGAAGCACUAUGGUUUAAUUGCUUACUAUGUGUCAAAGUUACCAAAAAAUGCACAGGUCCAUUGGUAUGCAUUGUUCUUAGAAGGUAUCACAAACAAGGAUGAGCGACAACAUUACCUUGACCUUGCCGAGGAUGCUGGUCUCGAUCUUGCCGCUGUCACCAAGAAGGUCGUGGAAAAUAUCCGCAUGAAGUCGGACGUAGACUUCUCGCGUAUACAUGAGAUGCAGGACUCUGUUGACACUGUCAUUUCAGAGGAGGACAGACAUAAGAUAGAAGCUAUAGACUGGUUGGUGUUUGAUAUUGCCCAGCGUGCUGAAGCAUUAAAACAGGCCAAUGCUGUUAUGAGAACCUUUAUUGCAAUGAAGAAGAUAGAUGCUGCACGUGCAGUGUUUGAGAAACUGCCGCCAGACUCGGUAGAUGUUGUACACAAGACCUGGCUUCAACAGACAGGGACCACUACUUUACCAGCUGAAGAUAGAAAUGCUGUCAGAGAGUACCUGUGUAUUAAAGCAUAUCUGGACGCAAUGGAAAGUUUCAAUGACUGGAUCCAGCAUUAUCACCACGGACAGCCAACACGACCAGCCCCGCCUGAGGGUGGAUCAUUCACAGACAGAGUGGCAUAUGAACAGCGAAUGAAACAGUUCGAACAGGAGCGGGAACGUUGGCACCGUAACCUUCUCAUGCAAACACAGACAACCAAAGACCAUAUAUACAAUGUCCUGCUGUUUGCUGAUGGUGGAUGGAUGGCAGAUCAGAUUGUGGAGGAGGCAGAUGAAAACAUUGCUGACAGGAGUGAAGGCGAUGUGUUACGGCAGGAACAGAUGGAUCGUUUACGUCGCCUUGUGUUGCCAGGACUCGUAUUCCUUCUUCAUAACGUUCUACACACAAGUGAACAGUACCAAGAAUGUGUUCGACUUGCUGAUAUGUUAACAUCUGAACAGCACAAGCUGUACCAGGUGUUCCGACAGGAUGAAAUACAGAGAGUGCUUCAUUUACUGAGAGAAUCUUCACUGAAACUGUUAGAUCAGGGACGUGAUCCAUUGGGGUAUGAACGCAGUUAGACCUUAGAGCUGAUGUUGUCACUAUCAUAGAACAGGUGGUGAUCAUAGUUAAAAGCCAGAAGUAUCCCCCUGGGGACAAUUGAAAGGACAUAGAACACUGGACUUGUACGUAAAGACAAGUACUUGUGUAAUUAAUACACUGAAUCUCUGUUUAAAAAGAUCAACAAGAUACUGUUAAAAAAAUCAACAAGAAAACUUGAAAAAUCUCAACAAGAUAGUGUCUUCACUUGAAGAUUUUGGCAUCAGGGGAAUAUGAUUUCCUACAUCUCUGAGAACCCACUGUAUUUUGAGUUGAUAUUCUAUAAUUUUGGAUUUAAAAGGUUUUUGAGUGAAGUUUAUCUUUUAUACAAGUGUAUAUCUUUUUAUGUGAGGUAAAUUAAAAGAAAACUUGAUUCAGAUUGAAAUAUUUGCCGAGACAAAGUAUGAAUAUGUUUUUUGUAUUUCAAAUGGAAAUAAAAAUUUGAAAGAUUA